AUGCUCAACCUCCCCCCCGCGCCCUGGGAGGACGGCGGCUCCGCGCCCUUCUCCCCCGCGUCGCCCCCCACGCGCUCCAUGGCGGCGCUGCUCGCGUCGCUGUCGCUGCAGCGCCGGUCGCGCGAGUUGGGGCUGCAGCUGCGCGCGGGGCUGCGCGACGUGCGCGCGGAGUUCAGCUACGUGCGCCUGCGCGGGCUACGCAAGGUGGGGCUCGUGGUCGAGUCCGCGGCGGAGUCGGACGAGCUGGCGGACGUCUUCCGCGAGAGCCAGCAGUACAGCGAACUGCAACUGGUACCAGCCAUCUGUGAGCACUGCAUAGGGCCCAGCACGGCGGACGACGACGACGAUGACGACGGCGACGAGGGGUUAGGGCAGCGCGGGGGACGGCCCAUGGCGCCCACAGCGGAGGAGGUGGAGGUGGCACUGCACGUGCUGGAGGGGUGCUGCCUGCUCGACCCCGCCACCAGCCGCCAACUCGCUGCUUCCUAUGAUGUCGUCAAGGACAUUCUGAUCCACCUGUCGCCCAUGUCGUCCACGCCGCUGGGCGACCCCCCACCGUCGCUCAUGGCGUGCUGCCUCAACGCACUGCCCGCCAUCCUCCUCGCCAGCCCGCAGGCGCUAGAGAGCAUGGACGUGCACAAGGGCGUGUUGCAUGUGGCGCCCAUUGUCAAAGACCGCCAAAUACCACUCUACCUCAGAGCCAAGGCAGUGGAGUUCCUAGCCCUGUUCCUGGCACAGCUGACGGACCUGGCAGCAGGGGGCGGGGGCGGCAGCACGGUGGAGGUGGCGGGCAGGUGGCUGGGCGACGCAGUGCAUGACCUGGAGGACGUGGUGGGGGAGCGUGCUGCACAGCUCAUAGAGGGCGUGGCCACGGGGCGAGGGGCCGUGCUGUCAGAGGAGCUUGUGGAGGAGCGCGUCACCCGCAUUGCCGAGAUGUUCUGA